AUGGGUUCCGACUUCAAAUCGAUCCCCUUGAUCGAUAUCAGCCCGCUUGUCGAAAAGAUUGAUGAUCCAAGCAUGGCCAACGACAAGGAUUUGCUGCAGGUUGUCCGGUUGCUGGACGAUGCUUGCAAGGAGGCCGGAUUCUUCUAUGUGAAAGGCCAUGGUGUUGACGAGUCGCUGAUGAGGGAAGUCAGGAAUGUAACCCACAAAUUCUUUCAGCUUCCUUAUGAGGAAAAAUUGAAAAUUAAGAUGACACCUCAGAGUGGAUAUAGAGGGUAUCAAAGAUUAGGGGAGAAUAUUACCAAGGGUAAGCCUGAUAUGCAUGAAGCAAUCGAUUGCUAUGCUCCUAUUAAACCUGGCAAAUAUGGAGAUCUCGCUAAACCAAUGGAAGGAUCUAACUUAUGGCCAGAAUACCCAUCAAAUUUUGAAGUACUGCUGGAAAACUAUAUCAACUUAUGUAGAGAUAUUUCAAGAAAGAUAAUGCGAGGUAUAGCCUUGGCUUUGGGAGGGGCGAUCGAUGCUUUUGAAGGGGAAACAGCUGGAGAUCCUUUCUGGGUGUUAAGGUUGAUUGGUUAUCCAGUAGAUAUUCCUGAAGAGCAGCGCACUGAUACUGGCUGUGGAGCUCAUACAGAUUAUGGACUUCUAACACUGGUUAACCAGGAUGAUGACAUAUGUGCCCUUGAGGUGCAAAAUCGCUCUGGUGAGUGGAUCUAUGCAACACCAAUUCCCGGAACCUUUGUUUGUAACAUUGGUGACAUGCUGAAGGUUUGGACAAAUGGAAUAUAUCAGCCCACACUUCACAGAGUUGUCAACAAUUCCCCUCGUUACCGUGUAUCUGUUGCGUUCUUCUAUGAGUCAAACUUUGAUGCUGCAAUAGAGCCUGUUGAGUUCUGCCGGGAGAAAACCGGCGGUGCUUCCAAGUACGAAAAGGUUGUGUACGGAGAGCAUUUGGUUCAGAAAGUAUUGACGAACUUUGUCAUGUAA